CGUCCAGAGCUGGUAUAAAUACGGAAGAAAACAGUAACGUAAGACAGCGGAGUUCCGUUGUCGUGUGUAAUAUUGAUCAGUUUUUGGAUUUUAAAACGUUUUUAACCCGAGAAAAUAACUCUUUCAUUUUUUUUUCUGUCGGAAGUCGGAUUUAAAAGGGAAGGAAACGCUCUGAGACAUUGAGAAGACGUCAGGAUGGAUUUAAUCGGCUUCAACUGACAAGAAACUUCACAACAUGUUGGACAAAAGAGUUGUGGUGGAGUUUAAAGAGGAGGAGGACGAACGAGGGGAGAACGAUCCCAGCAGAUCAUCCUUUAAUGUGUCCACAGUGAAGGAACCGUUCUGCAGUCAGUACCGAUGUGGUUCUCUUCUCGGGAGCGGUGGCUUCGGCUCGGUCUUCUCGGGACAGAGGCUGUCGGAUGGACUCCAGGUCGCCAUCAAAGAGAUCUGCAGUGACCGAGUCCAGCAGUGGGCCAUACUGCCCGGUGAGACCAGCCCCGUUCCCAUGGAGAUUGCUCUGCUUCAGCGGCUGUCGGAGGUCGGAGGUCAUGUCGGGGUGGUCCGCAUGCUGGACUGGUUCCAUGUGGAGGGGCGGGGCUUCCUGCUGGUCCUGGAGAGGCCGCCACACAGUCAGGACCUGUUUGACUUCAUCACGGAGAGAGGAGCUCAACCAGAACGCCUGGCCCUCAGGUCCGAGUCCCAGCUGAGCUUCUCCUUCUGCUCCUGGAACCUUCUUCUUCUGCUGUUUGAAUGUUCUGACCCUCUUCUUCUUCUGCUCCCUGUUUUCAGGUUCUUCCGUCAGGUGGUGGAGGCGCUUCGCUUUGUGCACGCUCACAGCAUCGUGCACCGAGACAUCAAAGACGAGAACAUCGUGGUGGACACGAGGACGCUGGACGUCAAGAUCAUCGACUUUGGUUCUGGAGCUCAGCUCAAAGAGACGUCGUACACAGAGUUUGAAGGUACCAGGGUCUACAGUCCUCCAGAGUGGAUCCUGUCUCAGUCCUACGAGGCCGUCCCUCUGACCGUCUGGUCUCUCGGCGUCCUCCUCUUUGACAUCGUCUGUGGAGACAUCCCGUUUGAGCGCGACCAGGAGAUUGUUCAGGCCACGCCCAUUUUCACCAGGAGGGUGUCCAAAGAAUGCCAGUCUCUGAUUCGCUGGUGUUUGUCCUUCCGGCCGGAGGACCGUCCCUCUCUGGAGGACAUCCUGUCUCACCCCUGGAUGCUGGGAGGACAGGAGGAGGAGGAGGAGGAGGAGGAGUGCUCUCUGUCCAGCCAGUCCCUGUAGAGGACAGAUGGACGUCCCUCCACCAGCUGGAUGAUUAAUUUAUUGACUAUUUAUGUUGUUGGUUCUGGAUCCAGGUUCUGGUUCUGGUUCUGGUUGUGGUUCCCGUCUUGUGUUUUGUUGACUGGGUUCAUCUCAAAGUGUCUUAGGUCACUUGUUUCAGUUUAUUUACAUUAAAUAACAAUUUCUGGAUCAGAACUAAAAAGAUCCCACGUUUGAAUAAAAGAGUUUUGGUAACUUGA